CGACGACGACGCGGCGUGUCCCUCGGCGGCGUCGCGACGCCUCGUAGCGAGCGCCGCGCACGACUCGACCACGAAGACGACCACGACGACGACCACCACGACCUCGGCGGCGAGGCCCCCGAACGCGGUGGAGGAUGACGGCCAGAGAGGUGCAGCUCCAGGGCGGCCCCCCCUGGGGCUUCCGAAUGCAUGGCGGCACGGACCAGGGGCAGCCCCUGCGCAUCUCCAGGGUGAACCCAGGCAGCCGCGCCGCCUCGCAGGGGGUGCGCGAGGGUGACGUCAUCACGGCCAUCGACGGCCAACCCACGGCCGCCAUGACCAACUCGGACGCCCACCAGCUGCUGCGGUGCGGCGGGCCCACCCUCAGGCUGGGCCUCAACGAUUCCAGUGGCGGACCCAUCAAACGACGCGGCAGUCUGAGACGGAGCAGCGAAACCAACAACAACAGUAGCAAGGCCGCCAACAAGCACGGCGAGAAGGAGUCCACAGGGCCAGGGCGGCGGCGUGGGGGCCGCGGGGGCGGUGUGUCCAAGUCCCGGUCGGACCCCGAGCUGGCGAGGGAGGGCAGCAGGGUCUCCAUCAGCUCCUCCAGGGCGCGCAGGCUGCGCAAGUACAGGUGCAAGAUGCGGCGCGCGCAAGAGCUGCAGCGACUGCAGGGCCAGGCGGGCCAGCCGGGCCUGCUCGAGGAGGCCGAGGAGGCCGAGGCCGAAGAGACUCGCAGCGCGAGCGCCAGCCGCCGCGGCAGCGCGGAGAGUAUCGACGGCGGGGGUACGGAGGACGGGAGUAUCGGCGGCGGGGGUGGCGCUACCCCCGUGCGCGGGGGCAGCCUGCCGCUCGAGGUGCCGCGCCGCGUCAUCGAGAACCCCCUGUUCGACGACGAGGUCGCGGACGAGGUCGCGGGCAGCGGGCAGCGGCUCGGGCUGCGGUGGCGCAGGUCCACGUCCAGCCUGUCGAGCCGCAACAGCCCGGACCUGGACGACGUGGAGGGGCUGGAGAGCUUCGUCAUCAUCGUGACGGAGGAGACGGCCGCCAACGGCGAAGACGGCGACGUCACCAUCAAGGAGAUCGAGGAGAUCGUCGUGGACGUGGGCUCCAUGACGCCCAAAACGCCCGACUGGGACGGCCGCCGGCACCCGCUGGACGUGGCGGCCAGGGCCGAGGUCAGGGCCCAGGUCGGCGACGAGCGGAGGCAGGACGACGAGGACCAAGGGCAAGGCCCACCAACGGCUGUGAUAGCACCCCCAGGGGACACCCGGGACACCCGCACACAUUCCAAUCCCGAGGUGGCCGAUGACGCCGCCGGAACUGACCCCGCCGAGACUGACCCCGCCGAGACUGACGCUGCCCAGACUGAGCCUGCCGCGACUGACGCCAAGAAAGGCAGGCGGCCGCUGAGGCGGUACCCCAGCAUCGUGGAGGCCUACCUCGACCACAAGAUCAAGCAGUACGAGAUCGCGAUCCAGCGCCUCGACUCGCCGGUGCCGCCCGACGAGGACCACGACGACCACGACGACCAGGAGGACCGCGAGGACCGGGCCGACAGCCCGCUGCUGCUGGAGAGCUCCGCCAGCGUGGAGGAGCUGCCGGACGACAGCUGGGAGUUCGCCGGCGAGCUGCAGCCCCUGGAGGCGGCCACCUACUUCGUGAGGGAGUUCGACGUCGACGAAGCGUUUUGCCCUUUUGAGUUCCCGACGGCAACGUCCGUGCCCCAGCACGAGGCCGUGGAGGUGACCGUCGGGAAUGGCACGACCUCCACGGCCCACAGCUCAGAGUCCCCUCGCGCCGCGAAGCCGCCCCCGCCGUACAGCCUGGAGGUGAUCGAAGAGGAGCCCCCGGAGCAUGCCGUCGGCCAGGAGCUGCCGCCGCCCGCGGCCAGGGCGACGGCCAGGACGACGAACAGCCGCCUGACGCGGCCGCUGCGGAUACCGCUGAGUGCGGCACGCCGCCGGGCGAACGCGUACGCCGCCGAGCAGGGCCGCGCCCAGCCCACCAAGAAGACCGUCGUCAAGAUCUCAGAGGUCACCAAGCACGAGGUGGACCUGCCUGAAAUCACGGCCUCGGCCGUCACCUUCCCGUCGGACACGCCUGCCGAGGUCGGCGUCGUGAGCCUGCGACCGCUGUCGGGCGUGUUCGACGGCGCCGAGGUCGUGUUCCUGGACGACGCCAGCAGCACGAGCAGCGUGGGCAGCAAGACGCCCACCGUGGUGGACGAGGCGGAGGACGACGAGGACACGCUGGACGAGGCCGGCGGCGAGGACAGCGGUGAAUGGUACGACGCCAGCCUCAAGUCCUCGACGCCGGUGUCCAUGGAGGCCUCCAUGCCCGACAUCGUGCAGGACGCCAACACGUCCCCGCUGGCCAAGUGGCUGCAGUGCAGCGCCGACUACCACGCCACGCUGCAGAGGCAGGACGACGCCGACCUCAAGAAGGACCCCGUCGACGCCGAGGCAGUGCAAGGCGCUGAUCUGGAACAAAACACGGCGGUAGAAGACCUCGACGUCGAGGCCAAAGAUAACGGUGUAGUGGAGGGGAGGGACUCGGACUUCUCGACGGCGGUUGGUCUGCAGAACGAGUCCCCGCGAUGCAGCACCUCGCCGACGGCGCCAAGGGCCCCCGUGGAGGCCCCCAUCAGCCUAAGGACGCUGCUCGACAGCGACGCGGAGCGCCCCGACUCGAGUCCCGAGACGCCCGAGCGCUUCCAAACACCGCCACCUCCACUGGAAAAUCCCCGUGCCGAACGUAACGAAGUUGUGCGUCGGGAGACUAGUUGUUCCGCACCGUCCGACAAAGACAGAGCGAUGCCUCCGUCUCCGUCAUUAGUCACCGUUUGUUCUCCGGAGUUGCCAACUUCUGUCCCCGUCGCCGAACUGGGAUCCGCUCACCGCGUCGCCGCGGACGUCGCCAUGGACGCGCCCCUCGGGCCGGGCGGCAACCCUAACACAUUCCAAGCCGAAGACUCGCGGGCAGAAGCGAGGCGGCCGGCGGUGGCGGAAACCACCGGCCGGCAGGAGGGGCGGCCGAGGUUCAGACCGGACCGCGAGGUGGAGCUGGAGAUGGGCGAACUCAUCGCCUCGCUGCAGGCCUUCAGCGCCAGGGUCGAGCCCUCGCUCAAGGUGAACGUGCCGCGGCACCACGCCACCGCCCCGCAGGACCAGGAGCAGGGCCAGGAGCAGGGCAGGCCCUGGCUGCGGAAGAACCCCGUGGCCAAGAUGAUCGAGGACUACUUCAAGAAGAAGCCGAAGCCCCCCGAGACCGAGAAGAGCAAGGGCAGCACGGUGUGGAGCCUGCUGCACCGGCCCUGGGACAAGCCGGCCGUCAGGGACAAGCCUUUGAUCAAGGAGAAACCUGCGGUCAAGGAGAAACCUGCGGUCGAAGAAAAACUUGUGAUGAAGGACAAGCCCGUCCGGGACAAGGUCCAGCCCGGCCUGCAGACCACCACGGUGUACGCCGCCAUGUCCGGCGACGGCGGCGCUGCCCUGCGCCAGGCGUCGCAGAGCACGAAGCUCUACUCGGAGAUCGGCCCUUACGUCCGGGACCCGACAUCGCCGCCGAGCAGCUGGGCUUCGCGGUGCGAGAGAACGCCGACGACGACGCCGGUGCCGCCGCGAUCCUGGACGUGCUCGCCACUGUCCAGGGGCUGGUCGACGUCCCCGGGCCGCAGCGUGUCGCGGUCGCCGUCGCGGGCCCUGUCGCCGUCCUCGCAGGGCACCACGGCGUUGUACCUGUCCGACGUGGAGGACAGCGCGGCCUCCACGCUGCGCGCCGAGGACCGCUGGCGCCCCAAGACCAGGCUGCCGGACAUCUUCGAGUCGCAGGCGUUGUUCCAGCCGCGGCGCCCCUCGUCGUGGCGCAGCAACGCGUCCACGGCGUCGUCCUACUCCACGGGGCUCUCGGCCGGCGGGUCGCGCGUGCUGUUGUGCCUCUCGCCGUCGCAGCGCCGCUGCUUCAACGGGCGCGCGCCCACGCCCGAGGAGUGCGCCGGGCUGCUGGACAUGCACCACAAGUUCUCUGAGCGGCGCGCCUACCACGAGACGCCGCCGCCGCCACCCAGGACGCACUCGUCCAAGUUCCACCGGCAGCGCGCCGACAUCGACACUGCCCUCUGGAUCCACGAGCAGCCCCUGGGCCAGCACGCCCCGGCCCCGACGGCGUCGUGCACACCCAUGCCGACGUACGUCCUGGACGCGGGCGGCAAGCACCGGUAUGAGUUCGACUCGGACUGCCUGACGCGCUGCGUGUCGGAGGCGCGCUCCUUCUCGUCCAUCCUCAAGGACAAGCUGUUCUGGAACCCGUACUGGCAGUCGCUGGCCAGGCCCAAGUCCCCCGACGCCAAGCCCGCGUCGGGCCGGGCGUCGUCCGUGCCGCCCGCGCCGCCGCCCGACGAGCGGCGCGUCAACAUGUACGACGAGUACAUGGCGCAGGUCGCGGAGCGCAACCGCCGCCGCCAGCAGAAGGUCAUCAAGAUCUCGGACCCGGAGACGGUGACGGCAGCGCGCGCGCGCCGUGCGCACGUGGACUUUGGGGCGGAGCGCGCGCAGCAGCAGCAGGACCUCGGCGUGCAGGGGCAGCCGGGGCCUCGGCCGGGGCGCGCGGACGCUGCGCAGCUCAGGUGCGUGGUGCAGCAGGGCGACGUGCUCGCGCAGCUGCAGCGCCGCGCCGCCGAGAAGAACUGCGUGGUGAUCAAGGACGCCGGCGACCGGCAGCACGCCACGGUGGCCGAGGUGCAGCAGCUGCCCAAGCACCUGCAGGAGUUCCUGGCCUUCACCAAGGACGCCGACGGGGACGGGCAGAGCGGGCACGGGGGUGAGGGCGAGUCGGUGCUAACGCCCGGAUACGACUAG